GAGCCGCUCAGCAGGUGCAGUUUCACUCCAUCAACUUUCAGCUUCAUCUUUCGGACUUGGACCGUGCGAAAGGCGAACUUGAGGUUUACCUUCAGUGCCGCGGAGAAGACGAGCAAGGUCCACAUGGGGAGGAGGAACCGCGGCGGGGGCUUCAUGUUUCACGAAGACCCAGAUGCAGUUUCCGCUGGUCUCAGAUCAGCUGCGGGAGUUCAACGACUUCAACUAUACUUCAGCCGCCAUUGAAAACUUCAAAAAAAAUAAUCUACCCGUGAAGGAAGACUAAACUAGACAGUGACCAGUACGACGAGGCUGGACAGAACACUUGGUUUGGUUCCAAACUUCAAGGAAAGCUUUUACCUCUGCUACCCUCCACUGCCUCCCUCCGUCUCUGGCUGUUGCACCGUCUCUCCCAUACAUGUGAGCUGGGUCCGCUCUCACUCAGACGGAGGAGCAGUAAAGGGAUUGGCGUGGUUCUCUGUGUUUGGCUGAGAGGAAACAGGGAGACAGAUGGUGAUGUGAAGACAGAUUUCACUCCGGUGCAUAAUGGCUAACAACAGCUGGCUGACAACGCAUAACGGUUUCAUCUUGAUCAUGUGAUCUGCUCCAUCACCCCGCAGACGUGCACAACACUAUCACACGAGGAUCAUGACCCGUCGGCUUAGCAGCUCCACUCGUUCCCACACAGAGGACUCUAUCUUCCUGAGGCCAGAUGAGGAUCCUGUUUGGUUGGAUGAGCCCACGAAGGGUGAAAAAAUUGGUGACAGAGUUCCAAAAAGAGACAGGCAGUCAGAGUUUAAAGAUGGAACCCUGGAGGUGCCGGGAUUACAUGAGGAAGAGGUGCUGCUGCGCAAGGUUUACCUCACGGUGGUUGAGUUCCACUGCUGGGCUGCGCUGUUCGUCGUCUCCCAAGUUACAGGCUACUGGUUGUUUUUUGUGAUGGAAGGAAACGGCCCUUUCUCUUCCAUCUAUAAAGCCCUUCAGGUCAUCUACUUCUACACCAGUUUAAUUCUGCCCUGUCACCCCAUUUUUGGAAUGGACUCUGUGCUGGUGAUAAAGGAACUGGAGAACACCAAACAACACUACUGGAUUGUCCACAGCACGACAGGCAUCGGCGUGUCCAUCUGUGUCAUUAUGGUUUUCCAAAUGGUGAGCAAAUGGCGUAACGGAUGGUGUGCGUCGGGAUCCUUACCAAAGGAGAUGAAUGAUCGACGGCAGUCUGUGAGUCGCCAGCCCUCCUUCACCCUCUCAGAGUGGACGGAUGCUCAGGAGGAUCUCCAGGACUUGGACCCUGUCCCACAAACUCCAGUGUUCGAAUUAGGGAACGACAGCAAGAAUGACGGGGAUGCUCCAACUCUCCUCGUCACACCAGUGGGACUCCAAGAGAGGAGGGGCUCUAAUGUCUCCCUGACCCUGGACAUGUGUACGCCAGGCUGCACAGAGCCUUAUGGCUACGGUGCACAGUUGUCCCCAAGAGACCAGUCGGCCCAGGAAUACCUCCGGGAGGGAACUCAUGUCCUCACCCCGGCUAUGCUUCACACACGGGCAAUGGAUGACCAGAGCCUGCAGGCGGAGUUUUAUGAAACUCCCAUGAACUUUGUGGACCCGAAGGAGUAUAACUAUCCAGGACUGGUGAGAAAGAACCGCUAUAAAACCAUUCUACCCAACACACACAGCAGAGUAAUUCUGAAGUCCCCGGAUGACGACGAUUUCCUCUCUACCUACAUUAAUGCCAAUUAUCUGAAAGGUUACGGUGGUGAAGAGUGUGCGUACAUCGCUACACAGGGUCCAACUGUGAACACGGUCGGGGACUUCUGGAGGAUGGUGUGGCAAGAGCGAUGCCCCAUCAUUGUCAUGAUUACCAACCUGGAGGAGAAAAACGAGAAAUGUGCCGAGUACUGGCCCGAAGAUACUGUUACCCACGAGGGCAUUGAGAUCACCGUUGUCACGGUAACACAGGAAGAUGACUACAGUCUGAGAGUUUUCACUUUGAGGUGUGGGGAUGAGGAGAGGAGCCUGCAACAGUACUGGUACACCUCAUGGCCAGACCAGAAGACACCGGACAAAGCGCCACCACUUCUCGAGCUCGUGCAGGAAGUGGAAAGAGCCAGAGAGGAAGCGCUGCCAUCCAGUGGCCCCAUCAUCGUGCACUGCAGCGCUGGCAUUGGUCGAACUGGCUGCUUCAUUGCCACCUCCAUCCUGUGCAGGCAGCUGAGAACUGAGGGUGUGGUGGACAUACUGAGAACCACAUGUCAGCUCCGUCUGGACAGAGGCGGGAUGAUCCAAACGUGUGAGCAGUACCAGUUCGUGCAUCACGUCCUCAGCUUGUAUGAAAAGCAGCUCUCUCACGCUUCUGAGGAAUAGUGAGCGCCGCUGCCCAACUCGACGAGACACACCACUGUACAUCGUGCCGCCUCUGGUGGUACACGCCACUGUACCUAGCAUCAUUUCUACCCACCCCCUUAUCGACGGCUAAAUCUUUUCAUCCAAAACUGACGUCUUUUUCCAUCAUUAUCUGGACUAGUUUCAACCUGCAUCUUCACAGCUGUUUCUUUUAUGAUUCAUUACUGUUGUCCAGGUACUGAACAGGAGGACGAAGUUGUUAGCAUUAUAAUUCAAGUAUAGAAGAUGAGGAACCAGCCGAGUGAAAAGACACAAUAAUGUCGUGUUCACAUGCUUUUCAGGACAUUGCACUUUUAAAUGUGUGUUCAUCUGUUUAAAGGAUGAAAUAUUAUUUGAAAAUUCAAUCAAUUUACAAAGAAAAAUUUCAUCCAAUUAUAGCUACAUCUGACUUGUAAAACGUCUUUUUCUGUUGGGAUUAGGAACCAGUAGCUACUUAGCUUGACACCUCUAAACAGUACACUCUCAUUUAAAAAAAAAAAUCCUGUUUUGUUUAUUUGAAGCUGAAUUCUGCCACCGGCGAGCAAAUAAGCAAAAUGUGAAAUGAUGUAGUGAGCAUUGGUCUACUAUUGGUCGGAAUGUGACCCCUUGACAGACGUUUGUGUUUUACCAAGUGCCCAUUCUUGGAGAGCUAUAUAACAAAAUGACCAAAUAAUCAAAAGCUUAUGGAAGCAAAAAAAAAAAGCUGCUCUAUAUGCAUCGAGAUUCCUGGUGUGGGCAUGAUAGGCCACAACCCUCUUUGAUAUUCAAUUUGUGCUGGUGUUACAUACCACAUCAGUAUCUGAGUAUCUAUACAUCAUUUUAAUUUCGAAUUUUGGCAUGAUAAUAAAUAUCAAGUUCAAAUUAAAAGUCCAGUUGUAGUAAGAGUUGCUUUUCAUAGAGGCAUUCACUUCAUUUACAAGGUUUUCUGCCCAUUGCUUUUGUACCCCACCAGCACAUGAACACACUGAAAGUACAUUUCAUUUCAACAUAUUGUGUAAUGUAAAAAAAUAUAUAUAACAGAAGGCUUGACUUUUGGUGCCACCUCAUCUUCAGGUUGCAUGGUGCUAAGUGUUCCUUAAAGGCAUGUGCAAUGUUUUGGAACAAAGGAAUGUAAAACAAUUAUGAAUUAACCAAUUUAGAUUUCUGCAUUCAAGUUUUUACACCGCUGCCUGUGCAGUACUCAAAUUGCCCACACCGUUUACAGUCAAGCGAUCCUGCAUAAAACAAACAGAUCAUCUUGGAGUCCUCACAGGGCGAACCAGAUUCAAGGAGUAGAAAUGAGUGCUGUACAAAGGAACAUCACUGGAGUUCAGCGAAAUGUCUUUCUUACCUUGAAGCACAGGGAAAAAAAACUGUGAUGGAGUCUCUCAUGAAACAGGAGUAAGCUUCGCUCGCUCUGUGAGGCUUCUGCGACAACAGUAGCUCACACAUUAGACACCCAUGAUUGUUGUACAAACAGGUCAGGCCAAAUCUGUAUGAAGCACAAUAGACCAACCGAGGUUGUCUCUCUGAUGUUCAGCUGUAAAAGUUAUUUUUUCUGUAUUGUGUUUUUGAUCGUUUAAUGGAUUGCAUGUGCUGUAUGGGACUCCGAAGGUCCACAAUCAAAGCGACGUGAUUGGUUGUCCCUGCUUUUUUCGUUGUGUAAAAGGUUUUAAAGCCUAUUAUUAUAUUCUAUUGCUUGCUCUCGGCCAAUGCUUUUGAUACAGUUUGCUUUUGUGAAACCAACCAGAGAUAUUUUUAGAACAUUUUGAUACAAUCCUUUCGAGUAGAUGCCUUGUGUAUAUUUCUGUUUACACCAUGACGGAAUGUAGCUUAUACUGUGGAUCGAACCAUUGAUUUAUAUCGCUGAUUUGACAGAACACGAUGUGACAACUACCUGAGUUACCGUCAAUUCCUAAAAAGAAAAACAUGUUUCGUCUUCAGUAUUGUUACUUUAUGCCGUUAGGCAUAGCUUUGAUAUGCUUUGCUUUUGUAUGUUCUUUUUAAAUUGGUGGAUAUUCACAUCGGAAUCAGUCUUUGACCUUGAAGUUUAGAACCACCCCUUAAAACAAGGACGUGAAGUUCAAAAUCUUGCAUCUUUCCUUUGCAUCAAUGGAGUAUUAUCAUCAGACUAAGAUUGGAUCUGAAAUGGCACCUUUCCUACUUCAUCCGCUGCCACAUUAAGUACUUGCAUGUCUUUCAGCUUACUUUAUCUGUGCCAGGCAAUAUAUUUCCACCUGUUGGCUGCCGCACCCUACGAGUUGGUUUCCUCAGGCCUCCAUCUUUUUUAGCUUCCUGAAAACAAAUUAAAUUCCUCAGUGCCAUUGUUGCUAUUUUAUUUUUUUAAUACAUCCAUAGCUUUAGGGACAUUUUCAACAAAAAAAAGAUGUCUUCUACUCCCUUUUUUUAAACUCACUGAUUGGCGGAAAUAUGUUCGAUGGUGGUCAUAAACUUUUUGAGCGAGACUGUAACAGACUCAUCUCUUCCUUCAGGCUAAUUUCAUAUAUGAAAUCAUCGCUAUGUAAGGCAGCUAAACUGUUUUCUCUGAUUUCAAUAGACUAUGAAAAGCAAAAAAAAAGAGAGAUCAUCACAAUCAUGUAUAAUAGAUAUUUGAAAAUACAUUUGGACCAAUACAUGAACAUCAGAUAUCCAACUGCCAAAAACUCCUUUCGCAGAACCACAAGAAAAGCUACAAUCUGUCAAUUGACGACACGACCCUCUGAAAUUGUUGCCUAAAUGUGACUGAAUUCCAUUUGCUUCGCUUGUUUUUUGAUGUUAAAUUGUCUUUUAAUGAGAUUUUGGUUGUUGAGAUAACCACAUAGAUAGACUUACCACCAACCAGCGAGUAGUCCUCUUCUCUGCUAUAGUAUUGCUUUCAGUUGUGAGGUUUUGCAUUUAAAUAAAGGUAGAUUUUCAUGAUCGCCUGUUCUUUUUU